AUGAAUUAUUCAGAUCACUCUACAGAGUUACAGCUAGCCAAUGAGAAAAUCCAAUCAGCUGACAAUCUGAAUAACGCCAUUAAAAAGGAGAAUGAAAGACUAGGUAAAUUAGUAAUAGAGCUAGAAGAGAAAGCCGAAGCGUCUGAACUACAGAUUAACAGUAUAUCUCGAGAAUAUAGAAUAUUACUAGAAGAGAAAGAGAAAGAAAAUAAGGAGUUAAAGAAGAAACAGCAUGAGUUAUUGGAAUAUCAGGCUAAGUCAGCGCUGAGUGAUCAGAAUAUACCAUUAUCUCACAGUGCCUCUACACCUUCAUUAUAUUCUUCUAUUACUGUUGAAUUGUAUGAGUUAUUUUAUUGUUCAUUGACGUAUGAAGGUCAUGAUUUUUACCAUGAGUGUUUUAUCACUGGUUUGAGUAAUUAUAAUGAUGAUACAGAUAUUGGCGAUACCAUCAGUUUACAACACGAGGUCAACAGACUCAGACAACAACUACUUCAACUACAGUCAGAGAGUCAACACUGGAAAUCUGUUGCUGGACAACUGGUACCGUAUUGUAAUAAGUCAAUUGUAUUUGAUUCAAGGUACCAGUUUUUGGCAUGA